AUGGCCGUGGCCUACGUUUUCGAUGGAGCCGUACUGAAGCAAAUGAGUUUGGAGGCAGGGCACCCCAAAUUUACUGUGCUUGAUACCCCAUUGUGUUCAGAUUCUGCAGUUACAUGCUUCGGCAAGGACGAGUUUUACUUCAUUAACGGGAGCGUUCCCAAUGUAUUGCGGCAUUUUGGCGGAAGAAGCGGCUGCACUGAGCACUUUCUCCCAGGCCCAGCUCAUUGCUUGCUGGUGCACCGUCAGAAGGUGUACUGUUGCGGUGUGGAUUGCUUGUAUGUAUUUGAUCCUCUUGGUGAGGAGGUGGAAACCAUAGAGCUUGGGCAGCAAAUCAAAGAGCUUACUGCAGCAGAUCAUGGAUUUGUAUUUGUCAACGACCGACACGAGCUUUACGCUUUCCACUUCACUCGCGGGGUCAAGAUUGUGGGAACCAAAGGACCUGUGUCCAAACUGUUGGGGCACCAUAAUCGCUAUGCUGUCGUUCUUCUCGACAACGGCGACGUGAUUUCCGUUAAUGAGGAAGCGGAAGUGCGGGAGAAUCUUUUUCCACUAAAAAUUAAGGAACGCUUUGUUGCACUCGACACUGGCAUGACCCUUGCGCUGCGAGAAGACGAAUUGGCUCUUCAUAUGAAUGGCACCUGGUUGUGCCUGGAUGGUUUUAAGGGUCGCGAGCUCCAGUUCCUUGGCGUGCCGCUAACCCCCGCGGAGGAUGCGUGCACCAUUUGCUUUUGUGAUUUUGAGGAUGGCGACGGUGUUCGACUUGACUGCGGCCAUCCGUUUCAUCGUGAUUGCCUUGCUGAGUUCUCGACACACGCAAAAAGUUUUGUUGAGAAGGGUGAACAUAUUGUUUUUACGUACGCCGUUUGCCCAUCGGGCUGCGGAACCCACAUCCGUCAUGCCGCUGCACCGCUCUCUGCGUACAUGAACGACUUGUACCGGGCUGUUACCAAGGAUGCUGAAGGGAGGCUUCGCGAGAUGGAAAACAAAACCCUUGAAGAUUUGUAUUACUAUGUCUGUUGUCGAUGCGAGAAGCCUUACUACGGCGGCAACCGUUGGUGCUCCCGGACAAUCUCCGGGGAACCUUGCAAAAAACCAAGCGAGCUUAUCUGCUCGGACUGCAACGACGACUUUCUUUGCCCUUCGCACAAUCAUGAUUUCGUGCUUUACAAGUGCCGGUACUGUUGUAACCCUGCCACGCACCUGUCUUUCGGUAACCGUUAUAUGUGCGAUGCUUGCAACAAGAAGUGGGAAGGCACGGAACCGGAACCAAUGGAAUGUCCAGGGGCUGAAAAGUGUCCUCUUGGUGGUGCCCAUCCUACCGGUGGUUCACAACCGCUUGGGUGCAUGCUCUGCACCCUCUUUGAUAAAUGUGAUGCUAAACACUUCUUCCCACCGCAGUAA